CCACUUAGGCUAUGCGUAUGGAUUCUCUUUAGAGGAAGCAGGCAGCACCGCACAAAGGUACAGGUGGAUCAAGUCUGGAAUCCAGUCCAACUCUCCAAUCCAUUGAUGCUCAUAGAGUCAUAGUCCAAAUUGUAAAGUAAAAGAAAAAAACACAUGAGAGGGUUGGAUUGGGUAAAGAGAGGGUUUGGUAUUUUCAUUGUGGGUUCCGAUUUCAGCAUAUUCUGUUUGUACACGUCUCUGUCUGAAGUCAUCACACACCAGACUUGAAAGCAUCUUAUCAAAGAUCCUCUUACCUUUUUCUUUUUUCCUCCUUUCUUCUCUCUGUAAACUCACCACGCUGCCUCUCUCUCUCUCUCUCUAUAUAUAUAUAUUUCAUAUUUGCAUUAACAAGACAGAUCCUGAAACCUGGAGAUCCCGUGAAUCGCUCCAUCUAUCGCCUCUUUCCACACUGUUCACGUUUUUCGCGCCAAAACCAUGAAGCUCGACAACUAUAACGUCCAACCGCCCCUCGCCGCCGACGCUUCGCCGCCGCAGGACUCCCUCUCCGACGCCGACACUGACGCCGAGGACAUUUUCGUCCCGCCGCUCAACUUCGCCAUGGUCGACAACGGCAUUUUUAGGUCCGGCUUUCCCAAUUCCGCCAACUUCGGAUUCUUGAAAUCCCUCCGUCUCCGUUCCGUAAUAUGUUUGUGUCCUGAACCGUAUCCAGAGUCCACAUUGGAAUUCUUGAAGGCCAACGAAAUUAGGCUUUAUCAAUUCGGGAUCGACGGCUGUAAGGAACCCUUUGUCAACAUCCCAAAUGAUACAAUUCGUGAAGCCCUGAAAGUAGCCCUCGAUGUUAAGAAUCACCCCCUGCUGAUUCAUUGUAAACGAGGGAAGCAUCGCACUGGUUGUCUUGUGGGAUGCAUAAGAAGAUUGCAGAGGUGGUGUCUGUCAUCUGUUUUUGAUGAGUACCAAAGAUUUGCAGGUGCCAAAGCCAGAGUGUCAGAUCAGAGGUUCAUCGAAUUGUUUGAUAUCUCUGGUUUGAAGCACCACCCACUGUCAUUUUCUUGCUCAAGGAAAUAGAACCUGGAAUAACGGGGUACUAUAGAAAGUUACUGCUUCCUCCCAUGGAAUAUUUCCAUGAUGAAGUGAAGUAUAAUGACUAGUCGUUUAUCUUUCUUCACCAAAAAUUAGAGCAGGAUCAGUAGGAAUUUUAAUGAGAUCUGCUUCCUUACGUAUACUUUCCUGUUUCAAUGUUGGAUACCAAUCUACCGAAUUAUGUUGUGUCGGGGAUUGGAUAGUAGUGAAGGAUUGGAAAUGAGUCUGAAGCUUGACUCGUGAAAAAUAAAAAAAAGUUGCUUUAGUAUUUAUGGAAA